CUCUCCCGACUCUCCCUCUCCACUCUUAACUCCAUCUCGGUUCAGAAGCAGAGAGCGACCAUUCCAAAGCAUCGUCCGUACAGUUUACAGUUCUUAAUUUAUAAAAAAAUGGACUGGGGUUCGAAUGGUGAAGAACCCACUUCCUGGGAAGAGCUUUACAGUAUUAAUUUGAUACCAUCAGAGUUGUUUCUCAAGUUCCGGAAAGAAGUGCAAGGUUUAAGGGUCGGCCUCAAUUUGGAGUUCUAUAAUGCUCCAUGCAAUGAGUUUCAAGGAAAGCUUGUCUUGAAGCCCUUAGCUCCUGAACGGAUGUGGAAGUUCAUCUAUGAGCCUAUCCAUCAGGAUGUUCGUAUUCUUUCGAAAAAGAUUCCUCUAACUGGAUAUUUGAAUCUCCAGGUUGGAGUAGGCCAUAAUUUUCAAAUGAAUGCUACUGGAUGGAAAUGGAAACUUACUACAUGUUUUGGUGGAGAUGGUAUAUCUCGGAUCCGGAAUAAGACAUCUCUUGGUGUGUGCCCUGGUGUGGAUAUGCGCUUUGGGUGGAGGGCUGAUUAUGUACUUCCAGAAGUUACUGGGGCUCUGGGCACUGGUGAACCAUGGUUCAACAUGAACUCGGGAAAGUUGCAAGCAUCAUUAGAUAGAGUGGAGACCAUUCUAACCUAUACUGAUAUCCACAAUUUCUACAAGCCUAAGGACCAGGUAUGACUUGUUGAAUUUAAUCACUUAAUAGAUGAUAGCUGAAAUUUUUCUGUAUGUAGGAGAUUUUCCCAACUUAUUUCUUAUAGUGAGUCAUGCAUCCAUAGUAUGUUGUAGGAAACACUUAUGAGAGGUUUAUCAACUAAAACUCUUGAUCCAAUAUCUGGAUGAAAGCUGUAGCUUUCAAGAUUUUUGGUCACUCGAACUUCUAUUCUUCAACUCAAACAUGAAAAUUCACUUUUGAAAGUGUACUGAUUUCCUAGCUUGUGUUGUGAUUCUGUUUGUUUUUUAUUUUAUUGGUUGACACCCAUAUACACCAUGGACAUCCUAGGCUGUGUAGAACAUGCUAAUCCAAAUGAAUUAUCUUUGUUUUGCUAUGCCUUUUUCAAAUGAAUUAUUACUUGAUUCCAUGCGUGUUGAAUUUGUGAACUUGCCUUUUUGUAGUUUAGAUUUCAGAAUCUCUAAUGGUACAUUUGCAAUAUACAACAGAUGGGUAUGGAUAAGAUUGGGUUUGGGAUUAAUCUGUUACAAAGUAGCUCCACGGUUUGAUUUUACAAUGCAUUUUUACUUU